GUCGUUCCAGCUGCGGCGUGUGGAGUUCAGCGGCUCCCGGCCGGGCCGCUUGGGGCGGAGGAGCAGGAGACAGGCAGCUGGGCGCGAGCCCGACCGAGCGGUAGCCGCGCUCUCCGCGUCGGAAUAACCAGUUCAGGAUGUCCAUACUGGAGCGGCUGGAGCAGAUGGAAAGGAGGAUGGCUGAGAUGACCGGCUCCCAGCAGCACAAACAGACAAGUGGAGGAGGCAGCAGCGGAGGCAGCAGUGGGAAUGGGAAUGGAGGGAGUCAGGCUCAGUGUGCUUCUGGGGCUGGGGCCCUGGGAAGCUGCUUUGAGAGCCGCGUGGUCGUUGUCUGUGAGAAGAUGAUGGGCCGAGCCUGCUGGGCCAAGUCCAAGCAUUUGAUCCACUCAAAGACUUUCCGUGGGAUGACCCUGUUACACCUGGCUGCUGCCCAGGGCUAUGCCACGCUGAUCCAGACCCUCAUCAAAUGGCGCACAAAGCAUGCAGAUAGCAUUGAUUUGGAACUAGAAGUUGACCCCUUGAAUGUGGACCACUUCUCCUGUACACCUCUGAUGUGGGCAUGUGCCCUCGGGCACUUGGAAGCUGCUGUUGUGCUGUACAAGUGGGACCGCCGGGCCCUCUCCAUUCCAGACUCUCUAGGAAGGCUGCCUUUGGGAAUUGCCAGGUCAAGGGGCCAUGUGAAGUUAGCAGAGUGUCUGGAGCACCUUCAGAGAGAUGAACAGGCCCAGCUGGGACAGAACCCCAGGAUCCACUGUCCCCCAAAUGAAGAACCAAGUACAGAUAGCUGGAUGGCCCAGUGGCACAGUGAGGCAAUGAGCUCCCCAGAAAUACCCAAAGGAGCCACUGUCAUUGCAAGUACAAAUCCAGAGCUGAGAAGACCUCGGUCUGAACCCUCUAAUUACUACAGCAGUGAGAGCCACAAAGAUUAUCCAGCUCCCAAAAAGCAUAAAUUGAACCCUGAGUACUUCCAGGCAAGGCAGGAGAAGCUGCUUUCCACUGCACUGAGUCUGGAACAGCCAAAUAUCAGGAAGCAGAGCCCUAGUUCUAAGCAGUCUGCCCCCAAGACAAUGAGCCCCAGUGAAGGAGUGAGGGACUGCAGCCGGGAAACCUCCCCUCCCACUCCAGAGACUGCAGCACUCCAAGCCUCUGGAUCUCAGCCGGUAGUAAAGUGGAAUUCCAAAGAUCUUUACAUUGGUAUGUCUACAGUACAGGUGACUGGAAAUCCGAAGGGGACCAGUGUAGGAAAGGAGGCAGCACCUUCACAGGUGCGUCUGCGGGAACCAAUGAGUGUCCUGAUGAUGGCUAACAGAGAGGUGGUGAAUACAGAGAUGGGGGCCUACCGGGAUAGUGCAGAGACUGAAGAGUGCUCACAGCCCAUGGAUGACAUUCAGGUGAACAUGAUGACCUUAGCAGAACACAUUAUUGAGGCCACCCCUGACCGAAUCAAGCAGGAGAACUUUGUGCCCAUGGAGUCGGCAUUGGCAAGGACAGACCCCGCCACUGUUAGCAGCACAAUGAGCUGGCUGGCCAGUUACCUAGCUGAUGCUGAUCAUCUGCCAAGCGCUGCCCAGAUCAGAAGUGCAUAUAAGGAGCCUCUAACCCCUUCUUCUAAUACCAGCCUGAGCCCUGUAGGCUCACCAGUCAGUGAAAUAGCAUUUGAAAAACCUAACCUUCCCUCCGCGGCAGAUUGGUCAGAAUUCCUGAGUGCGUCUACAAGCGAGAAGGUAGAGAAUGAGUUUGCUCAGCUAACUCUGUCUGAUCAUGAGCAGAGAGAGCUCUAUGAAGCUGCCAGGCUUGUCCAGACAGCUUUCCGGAAAUACAAGGGCCGACCCUUGCGGGAACAGCAAGAAGUGGCUGCUGCUGUCAUUCAGCGUUGUUACAGAAAAUACAAGCAGUAUGCACUUUAUAAAAAGAUGACGCAGGCAGCCAUCCUUAUCCAGAGCAAGUUCCGAAGUUACUCUGAACAGAAGAGGUUCCAGCAGAGCCGGCGCGCAGCCGUGCUGAUCCAGAAGUACUACAGGAGCUACAAGAAGUGUGGCAAGAGGCGCCAGGCCCGCCGGACCGCUGUCAUUGUGCAGCAGAAGCUCAGGAGCAGUUUGCUAACCAAAAAGCAGGAUCAAGCUGCUCGAAAGAUAAUGAGGUUCCUCCGUCGCUGCCGUCACAGCCCCCUGGUGGACCAUAGGCUGUACAAAAGGAGUGAAAGAAUUGAAAAAGGCCAAGGAACUUGAAGACAUACAGCAGCAUCCCUUAGCAAUGUGACAUUGCUUUUCAGACUAUUUUCAUUUCUGUUUUUAGCAGAGACAUGCAACAACACACAAGCGCACACGCACACACACAGACACACACACAGACAGACACACACACACACACACAAUCCCUCUGCAGUUUUGGGGAGAUCAGCUGCAGGAUUUUAACAGGAAUGUUUUGGUCAUUGCAUUUGCACUUUCAUGGACAACUUUUAAUUUGAUCAGCAAGACAUCUUGGAACUCAAUCUUCUGUUGGAUCAUAGGAAAACAAGACACCAGAAGGCAUUGGAAGAGGCUUUCUCUUCUUAGGAAGAAGCGGUUUUCCUUCUCAUAUAGGGCUGUAUUCAAACAUCGUGUGGAACUGUACAAAUAUUUAUACCAAAAAUAUAGAGAAGAAAAGGUGGGGAUACACUAGCUGUGCCUGCACCUGCCAGUUAUUUCCAAGAAGCUGAAUCUUUGGGAUUGAUUCUCAGUGGAGGGCUUAGAUCAUACAAAUCUUUAUUGGGUCUGUGUGUUUUCAUUUCCUUCACUGGUUUUUGUUGUUGUUGUUGUUAUUGUUUGUUUGUUUUAACCUCUACAGCACACUUAAUGCAACUUUUGAAAUCUGCAGGUUUUUAAUGUCUUGUGGAAAUUUGCAGAGGGGCGGGUGUGUGGUAAACGGGUAAUGCAUGGGAACUGAUGAGAAAACAGCUUAACAGAGUUUAAAUUUAUUUUCUUGUCCUCACCUCCAAGAACCUGCGAGAAGAGUGAUCAUCUUGUCCCUUAUCUCAUGUUCAGCACUUUAAUUUUUUGCCUUACUUUCAUGUGCAAUGAGAAUUAAGAGUUGGUAAAGCAUGUAGCCUUUUUUAGUAACCUUGGAAACUAGUAAUUCCAAGGAGUCAUAAACCUUGCCUGGACAUUUGCCACCUAAACGACCAGUGUGGUGCUGCAUUCUGGCCAGUAAAUUCCAUGUUUUUGGCUCUCUCUCAUCCAAACAGAGCGGUUUCUGUGUAUAUAGAGAAGGUAGAAAUGAAAAGUGAGAAAAUAUUUGAAAUGGAUUAUAUUAAUUGCUAAAUAUUUUAUUCACAAAGGUCAAUAACAUGGCAAGAUGAAAUUAUUUGUAUAGUUUUGUCUGAACGAGCGAGAAAAAUGUGGAUGUAUUGUUUGUAUAUAUUGUAUAUAUUAAAACAGAGAUAUGUGCAUGAAAUCAAGAAAAAAGAAAUGAACAAAAGCAAAGCAUUAGUGGCUAUGGUCUGUAAAAUGAAACAAAAAUCUUUAUUUCACUAUAAGAGUACUUUAUUUUAAAUGUUCUUUAGAAGAACAUUUUGCUAAAGCAUGUCUAAACUGCAAAAAAAAAAAGAGCUACUGUAUUUAGACUUAGGAAAAAAGGCAGAGUAACAUUACUUAAAAAAGGAUAUGUUUACAUUUAAUUUUGGCUACCAGGAGUUUAUUUUAUUUAAAAUUUUUUUGCCAACGGUGCCAAGUAAUGUGAAUGCUAAUACUGCUUAAGAAAAUUAUGUUACUUUUGCAAAACAGAUAAUCAUAAGAUGAAUCUGUAUAUGACUCAACACCAUCCACUCACUCCAACAACGAACACUUAGAAUGAUCCAAACCUGACAAAAGAAGUAGUGUGAAAAGUAGGAAAUUGUUGUAUUUUCAUAUCUCCUGCUGGAAAUCAGAAAAUGUAAUAAAUAUUGCACAAAAAUAUCUAAAAGUGAAAAGGACACAGACUGGUCUUGUAGAGAUGUCAUGGUAUAUUUCUAUUUCCACAUAAUGAGGAGCCAAAGAAAUCUGAUGCUUUUAAAAAUUAAACUAGUAAUGUCAAAUUGAAAGAAUAAAGUUUGCAUUUGCUGAUGCCAGUUUAAAAUCCCCAGGUUACAUUUGAGCAUCAGUUGGUGUAAAAACGAGAUGUUUUUACCUGGUUCUGGCUGCCAACUGUGAGUUAAAACUCAAGGCUUGUUGUGAAGCCUAAAAAUAUUCACAAAUAAGCUUUUAAACUGGUGUCUUUAGAAGGAAGGUAGGAACAGAAAGAUUGUGGUAAAAACUGGGGUCAGUGCUCUUGGUGCCUUUUCUAUAAUUGUACUUGUUUUUUAAUUACUUCCUUUCACUGCCAACCUCAAAUUACUGUACAGUAUAUGUCUUUCUGCUUGUGAUCAGCUUUGACAACAAUGACAGCCCCAUAAAUAGUAGCCACCUGUACAUUUGUAAACUGACCUGACCCAGUUUUGUUUUUACAUGUGUGGGUUAUGUUGCAGUCCCCCAGAUACCUAUUAUUUUACACAAUUUGACCUGUAGGAGAACACUGAGUAAUUUAUAAACAUACAAGUACAUUCACAACAGGGAAAAGAAUGUGAAAAGCCAGCUCUUUCAGAUAUCCUAUAUUAAUACUGGAUUUGAAUACAUAUAUUAAUUUAUUAUGGCUCAACUAACUGAUCUUUUGACCUGAGUAAUGACCUCAGUGGAUUUGCUUCAACCCUCACAUUUAUUUUUUUAAAUGUUCCACAUGCUACAUUAUUAGCUAAAUAAGUUAGAAAAUUCUGAAAGAUAGACUUACAUAGAAUAAGGAGGUUCUUAUGGAGGAGAUAGAAAGUAGGUUCAAAACCUACCAGUACAACUGUGAAGCCUAGAUGAGUUAAAAAUGCACUUCCACUGAAACAAAGCAUUUCUGACUGCUUUUUCUUGGUUGUGAAUCCUAAUUUCGAAUAUAAGAAGAUAGGUAAUCGCAGCUUUCUUGGAUAAUCUGAAUUCCCAAGUGCCAGGAGUAGGAUUUCAUUAUAAAAUUAAUAGCUAAUCUUAUUCUGUCUCCUGAAGAUUUAAUUGCUAUUCUUGUUACCCAUUCGAAAUCAGCUGUACUGUGUGAACGAAAUAAAGACAAUAACACAAACCCCUCUCUGGCUGCACGGUCGCUUAUGGCAGUUCCACACAGUAGCUGGCGCCCGACGGGGGGUCCCUGAGACUUGCAUGUAAAACUAGUCUAGAUGUCUUCUUUUUGUAAGUUUUAUUUUUGUAUUUGUGCAUGUAGAGCAUCACUGAAUCAAUGGAUCUGUUGAAGAACUCAGCUGCUGGAAACCAUGCAAAAUGUUUUGAAUUGCCCUUAAAAUAUGGAAAAUGUUUUCUGAAUGCUUUAUAUUCUUUCUGCUGUAAAUUAAAAAUGAAGAAAAUUUCCCCA